CGCCAUGGGGCUUUUACUCAGCCGGAUCCAAGAUGCCUUGCAGAGUUUCUAUGGAAUGCAGGCUCGUAUCCUCCUCUUGGGCUUGGACGCUGCUGGCAAAACCACUCUCCUCUAUCGGUUGAAGCUGAAUGAAACCGUAGUGACUAUCCCCACUGUGGGCUUCAACGUGGAGACCGUCCAGCCCAUCAACAACGUCACUUUCACCAUGUGGGACAUAGGUGGUCAAGACCGGAUUAGGGCCCUGUGGAGUCACUACCAUGCCAACGCAGACGGGCUGGUGUUCAUGGUGGACAGUGUGGAUAGCAGUCGCUUUGCAGAGGCCCGGUAUGAAUUGGAGGCCCUACUGGAUUCCAGCCUGCUUCAAGGAGUGCCCUUGGUGCUGCUCGCCAACAAGCAAGACUUGCCUGGAGCCUGGCCCCCCAUGCAGGUGGCAGAAGAGAUGGGGCUGAGGAAGUUGCAAGGCUUUCGAUGGCAUGUGCAAGGCUGCUGUGCUGUGAGCGGGGAAGGAAUCCCAGAGGCCAUGCUUAAGUUGUCUGAAAUGGUCAGGAAGCAUCACAAUGCCCGUGGGAAGUGACGUGUGCCAUCAACACUGAUGACGGAGGAGGGAACCGCCCACUAUAACGCUUUACUCAGUGGCGUGUGGAGAACUGAUUGCGCCAUGAAGGCACACUGGGAGGGUGAAUAUGAUGAUGCACAGCAUGGUAGCAGAAUGAAGCCAACUGCCAUGACUGCACAAGAUAAGCAGAUGGUGAGUGCGUGUGGAUUCAGCCCUUUUCUAUACAAGCACCAGUGCUGUACUGUAACAAAAUGGUUCAAAAAGAUACAUGGGUAAGGGAUUAAAGACUAUUACUGUG